CCUCCUCCAGGACACAGCGGGGAAGAUGGAGCCAGACCCGCUCUACAACCUGCUCCAGCUCCCCACGCCCAGGCCCGCCGAGGAGGAGGAGCUUCCACAGGGAGAAAAGAAGAAAUUCCUGCCACCCAAUUCCCGGAGGGACCGGAAAUUCGAAGAGCUGCAGAAGGCGCUGCUGGAGUGGCUCAACGCCACGCUGCUCCCGGAGCACAUCGUGGUGCGCAGCCUGGAGGAGGACAUGUUCGACGGGCUGGUCCUGCACCACCUGUUCCAGACGCUGUCGGGGCUCCGGCUGGAGGUGGAGGAGAUCGCGCUGACCGCGGCCAGCCAGAGGCGGAAGCUGGGCGUCGUGCUGGAGGCCGUGAACCGGAGCCUGCACGUGGAGGAGCCCGAGGCCAAGUGGGGCGUGGAGGCCAUCUUCCACAAGGACCUGCUGGCCACGCUGCACCUCCUCGUGGCCCUGGCCCGCCGCUUCCAGCCCGGCCUUCGUCUCCCCAGCAACGUCCAGGUGGAGGUGCUCACCAUCGAGAGCACUAAGAGCGGCCUGAAGUCGGAGAAGUUCGUGGAGCAGCUCACGGAGUGCGGCACAGACAAGGACCAGCCUGCAAGCGACGUCUUUGAUGAAUUAUUCAGGGCGGCUCCCGAGAAAGUGGCCCCCGUGAAAGAGGCCGUACUGAGCUUCGUCAACGGGCAGCUGCAGCGCCUGGGCCUCUCUGUGCAGGAUCUGGACACCCAGUUUGCAGAUGGAGUCUUCUUGCUCCUGCUGAUUGGACAACUGGAAGGCUUCUUCCUGCACCUGAAGGAAUUCUACCUCACGCCCAGCUCUCCUGAGGAAAUGGUGAGUCCUCCAGGGGCGGCCCGCGUGCCGGGCCUCGGAGCGGGCGGGCGGAGGCGGCAGCGCGCCAGCGGGGUCCCAGCAUUGAGUCAUCCAAGUGCCGUGACGUGGGGAGUGACCGCCAUCUCCCCACCGCGGCCCUCCCGCGGCCCGCGGCCCGCGCUCCGUGACCCCGGCUACAUCUUGGAGUUGUCAUCCGUGCCCGUGUCCCGGGGUGGCUCUGCAGACUGGCUCGGCGCCCGCAGGGCUGCCCGGGAGGGCCGGAGACGCAGCCCCGCGGGGCCGACGAGGGGCUGA